AUGGGCUCCGCGGGCGCUGGGGCUGCAAAGCACAUGCCGGCAAAGCAGCUUCUGAAGCUCCAGGCUCUCCGCGAAGGGCGGCUGCGCGUGCGUCUGUUAGAAGGGAAAUCCCGCGCAGAAGCCAGGCGUGGGGCACAGGCUGCGGUGUUCAGGGCAUCUCGACAUCGCCCUCUGCAGGCGGUUCUCACUGCGGCCAGGGCCUAA